GAAUGAACUAACCAAAUCAUGUAAUUUCAGAGAAUCUCGUGAUUUCAUAACCACUUUAUGACAACGAUUUAGCUGCCUAAUCAAUAUAUGACAAAUAUCUGAAAGACUGUACUUUGAUGCCAAAUCGAUUAAUAGAGGAAUCAAAGGAAACAUAAGAAAGGCCAUUUGCAGGAACAAGGCCAAAUAGUUAACAACAAUAGAAUUAAAGAAAUGAUCAAAUCAUUUAAGAAAUUAGUUCUCAAGAAAGAGAGUAAAGAAACCGUAAUCAAUAAUAAAUUUAGUAAGCCAAUUAUUAGUAGGAUCAAUAAUAUUAAAAUAAUCAAAUGAGAUAUCCUCAAUAAAAUAUCUAUUAUCAUCAAAGAUAAUUUAAUUAAUUCUAAAAUUAUCAUCACGAUUAGCAUCAUUACUAUCAACAUAGAAGGAACCAAUAAAAUUAUAGAAUGGAAUAAGAAUAUUAUGGUCAUUAAUUGAGGAGAUAAGAACAAGGAAGAAGAAGGCAGCAGUAAUAGCCAAAAUAUGGAUUGGAUUUAAAUGAGAUUGCAGCUUUGAGUGAGAUUGUGUUUAGGUAGAGCAGGGCUUCAUGUUGGGAUGAUGAAAACAAGAAAUGUAGUAUUUGCAUUUCACACUUUGAGGAAAAUGAAAAGAUCAGAUUUUUGCCCUGUUUACAUAGGUAUUAUUAUGAAUUGAUUAUUGAUUUCAUUCAGGUUGCGUCGAUUCUUGGUUGGCCUCCAAAGGAUCAUGUCCAUUAUGUAAAAAGUAUGUCCGGUCCUUAGUUUAAUAAUUUUCAUGAGAC